ACGAUAAUAAAAAAAAAAAAUAAAUAAUAAUCCUAAUACGAGUGUAAUGUGGUAGUUAUGGUGAUGACUGACGUAACCAGCCGCUUACUAUAAAAGCACAUUCUCGAAUUUUUAACUUCAUUCUGCACCUGAGCUUGACUGACGGGAGGUGAAAUCUCGACAAGUGAAACUCUUUUACUGUGACCAAGUGUUGACUUGUUAAAAAGUGAAAACCCACAACUAAGAAAACAUCUCUAAUAAACUUCUGAUAUCUGGAAGUAAGAAAGCUGCUCUGGUAGUGAGGACGGCAUGGCCUUCUCUGGUUUCCACCGUGAGAAACAACUGCUGACCAUCGGCAUCCUCCAUCUGCUGGAUGACCGCUAUGCUGACCUGCCUCGGCCAGGACGAAUCCUCCAGCUGAUUGUAACCAACCUGAGGAACCGUCCGCUGAGCAGCACAAACAUUGAGUCCAUGAGGGACUUCAUCCUUAGCCUGUAUCACAACCUCAUCACAAGCUCAAAGGACUUCCCCGUCAUUCCAUUUAAGGGAACUUUCCGCUCUCGCCAAUUAGCCACGCCCUUUGAUGAGGUGGCGCAGGAGCGCGUUGAAAACACAACACCAUCUCCUCCAGUGGAGGGACCAUCAGGUCUGAUGGCUCCUCCUGCAGCCUCCCGCUCUGUUACUUCACCAAUACUGACUCCAGUUCUUCCUGAGAAGACAGAUCCCGGAAGACUGAAGGCUGACCGCAGAAACUACGUCCGACGCAUUGAGUUUGAUGACAAGACUGUGACCAGAGUCAUUUCGCCUGUGUACCGCUCUGAAAGCACCGAGCUGACAAACCGGUGGAGGGUGAGCGACUACAGUGCAGACGGACAAGUUCUCAUGUCUGUGCUCUGCAAGUUUGCCAAAGAGUCUACAUGGUGUGCCAGGACACAGAUGAAGAAAAAGAGGAAGGACACUGAAGAAGGAAAAUCCCAGCUUCAUGGACAGAGUCAGAGUUACAACAUUACUGAUCCACCAAUGACUGGCAGGACAAACUGGAAGAACAGACUGAUAGAAGAAGGAGGAGAAGACAGAAACAGCUUGACGGAAGCAAGUGAUGCUGUUAACUCCACCUGCACUUCUCUGCCAGUUAACUCCACCAGCCAGCAGUAGACAGAGUGAGGAACACUGAUCUGUUUGUGAAGAAUAGAAACCUGGGAGUCAAGAUGUGUGUGACUCAAGAAUGAACGGAUUGCUGUUUGUCUUCAAGAGAAGAAAAGAGACGACACCAGAUGAAACAAAAUGAGAAUAGAAAAGAAGAAAAGAGGGGACACCCUCACAAAAAAAGAUAAGUACACAGUUAUUUAAUGUUACCAUCAGAAAUAUUGAUCAAUAUUUUUUGCCAUUUACUCUACUGAAGUUAUUAACUAAUAUUCUCCCUUAUCUUUCAUUCGUCUUUUAGAGAAAGAGAAGAGGACAUGAAAUUAUACAAAAAGAUAAAUAUACAUUUAUUCUUAUUCAUUUUAAGUUAUUACCAGAAUUAUUUUACGGUUAAAUAUUUCUUCUGGUUGCUGGUGUUGUUUAGUAACUGUUGUCUCCCUUUGUUUGUCAUUUGUCUUUCAGAGAGAAGAAGAAACAAGUCAGGGCCAAGAUGAGACAGCAAGAAGACAGCAUGCAUCGUUAACCCUCUCAUUAAAAAAAGAUAAAUAUAUAUUCAUUCUAUUUUAAUAAUUAAAAUUUAAAUGAAAAUUCAUCAUUUUCUCUUUUCUACCUGCUGGAAUUAUUAACUUUUUCCCUCUUUUCUGUCAUUUGUCUUUUACAGCGAGAAGAGGAGAUGAGACAGCCAUCUCAUCAACAAAGAUAAGUAUACAUUCGGUCUUUGUUAUUAUCAGAGUUUCUAUUUUGUCUAUAGGUCUAAUGUUUGUAUCAUUGAUAAAAUGAUUAACUAUUAUUCCCUCUUAUCUGUCGCCUGUCUUUUAGAACGAGGACAGGAAACGACACAAGGAGGAAACAAGAAAAUAACCAGACGAGACGAAAUUCACUGUGAACCUUCUCAUUUCAAAAUUUAAGCAAAAGGAAACGACACAAAGAGGAAAAGUGACCAGAGGAGACAAGAAGAGAGGAAACACUAUGCACUGUGAAGCCUCUUAUUUACAAAGAUAAGAGUUUCUUAUUUUUACUUAUAAGAAUAGGUACACAUUUAUCAAUUUACUGAUACGUACUGUAUAUGCUCACCAGGUUGUUGAGGUUAUAAUUCCCUCUUGUCUGUCUUUAUGUAUUUCUAGUGAGGACAAUCAGCUCUAGAUGUCUCAUCUGCAGCAGCAGCCUCAGUCUAGACGUCUAACAAAGUCUGCAAAUGUGCAAACUGUUACAGCUGUUUUACAGGGCAAAAUUACAACCCCUCUGGGUAAAUUACCUCUUUUGUUCAACCCCAUUCAAGUGAACAGUAACAUUGUCACAAAUGUAUCCCUCUGACAUGUAGUAUGUCUCAUGAACACAUCUUAAUGUCAAGCUUUGUGUUAAUAAACCAAUUUUCAAAGGACAA